ACCCCUCCCACUCUAUAUUAUCUCUAUUGAAUGUCUCCAGUUUGUGCUCCCCGCCGGCCCUCGAGCCACGGUUGAACACUUGAUUUUUCCUCUUUAAAAAAAAAGACAGAGAGCAAGAGAAAGCGAACGAGUGGGUCCACAGUCCGUGUCGCGUCCACUCUCGUGUCCGUCCGUGGGCGCUGUGACUUUUCUGGUGACCAUGGAGGCCUUGGAUCAACGACUCAACACCUUCUUGGAAUCAUGGUUGGGUCCCAGAGACCAGCGGGUGCGGGGUUGGCUGCUGCUCGACAACUACUCGCCGACUCUCGCCCUCACCCUUGUGUACCUGGUGGUGGUGUGGACGGGGCCCAAAUACAUGAGACACAGGCAGGCGUUGUCGUGCAAAGGCCUCCUCGUAGUCUACAACAUGAGCCUUAUGCUCCUGUCGCUCUGCAUCUUCUACCAGCUCGUCUCUGCUCUGUGGAACAGCAGCUAUGACUUGUACUGCCAGGACACAAACAGUGCACCGGAAGUGGAUAAUAAGGUCAUGAAUGCGCUGUGGUGGUACUACUUCUCCAAGUUCAUUGAGUUCAUGGACACCGUCUUCUUCAUUCUGCGAAAGAACAAUCACCAGCUCACCUUUCUUCACGUCUAUCACCACGUCAGCAUGCUCAACAUCUGGUGGUUUGUCCUCAACUGGCUCCCAUGUGGUCACUCCUACUUCGGGCCUACCCUCAACAGUUUCGUCCAUGUGGUCAUGUACUCGUACUACGGCCUGUCCGCCAUCCCCGCCGUGCGGCCGUACCUCUGGUGGAAAAAGUACAUCACGCAGCUCCAGCUGAUCCAGUUCUUCUUAACAGUGUUGCAGACCAUGGGUGCCAUCAUCUGGCCAUGUGGUGUGCCCAUCGGUUGGCUCUACUUCCAAAUCCUUUACAUGAUCACCCUUACCGUCUUCUUCUCCAACUUCUACAUUCAGACAUACAAGAAGGACAAGAGGGAGGAGCUAAAAAACAGCACUUCCCUGUCUACCAACGGACACUCGAAAAGGAACGCGGCGCUCAAAACAAAGAUGAACUGAGGCUGGAUGAACAUUGGCGACUCUCGGCCUUGCCCCUGUUGACACUGAUAGCUUGUCGGCCAAUGCUGCUAAGAGACAAAAAGUAAAGUCAAGUCGGCCAAGGUCUACAACCUUCCUUGUCUUUGCUUGUUGAAUUUAAACUGACCGACUCGGCAGACUUUCCAUGCAUACUGUGAGUGUGCUGUAAAUUUGAAGCACGCAGCGUUUCGGAGCGUCCUUGACAUGUAACCAGAGAGCGCUUCUUGCGUCCUGCCUGUGCUGUUGUGUAAUCUCUAAAUACUGUACUGGAUGUCCUUUGCAGAGCCCGGCCAGGACAGCGCAAGAUGCUUCUCGUCAAAUAGUUACACAGUAGACACACUGAUAUGAAACAUUAACCAAAUCCCCUAGCACUCAUUUUUAAUGCGUUAUUCAGCAAAAAGGGGGCUGUAUGUAUUUAAUUUAUUAUGGGCACAAUCACACUGCAUACACCACUUUGAUAGACUUUUUUUUUUUCAUAGAUGCGGUGCCUUCAUGGACCUGUUUAUUUGGUUGCUAAUGCUAACGUCACCACAGUGAUGCUGGUUCACUCUGUGCCUGACUUGACUGCUUGUGUUUUGACAUCAUCAGCAAUGGAGAGGAAUCAAUGACAUUAUUAAAGAAUUGUUUUCAGUAGACGUGGUGACGUUUAUUCCACUUUAUGCAGACGAAGUGCGCUUCUUUAUAAUGACAACACAAGCAGACAGACGCUCGUUUCAUCCCACACAGGAAGUCUCACCCACGACGAUGUCAUACUUGUCAUUAUAGAGUAGAAAAUCUGACUGAUGCAUUUCCUGUUAGUGCAGUGCAUUGGAGUAUAAAGAAGGGGAUGGGGGGGACGCACGCACAAUGCUCUGAUGUUUAAAUUGCGCAUUAUUCUGAAUAAACGUUCCUC